UCACCUUUUGCUCCUCGCAGUAGGAGGAGGAACCAGAGAGUGAGAGAGGUUAAACUAAAAGCUCAAUCCAUAUUAUGGCUCUAAUUGUUACCAAAGGCAUGUCCGUCUCCCAGCGCUCACACUCUCAUCCCCCAGCUCCUUCUUUCUCCUCGAGAUCAAUUGAGCAUAAUGAUCAGCCGGUCAUCAGACGCAACGCUAGCUAUCACCCUAAUUUGUGGGACUACGGCUCUAUGCAAUCGCUCAACAAUGGGUUCAACGAGGAGGACUACAAAGAGGAGCUUGAGAAGAUGAAGGAAGAUGUGAAAGAUCUCACCAAGGCAAAUCAAGAGAAUCCAUUAGCAAAACUCGAGCUGAUAGAUGCUGUUCAUCGGCUCGGAUUGCAAUACCAAUUCAAGGCGGAGAUAAAACAUGCAUUGCAUGUAAUUCAUCAGAGAGCAGAGGAUUCUCGAUUUUCUGAUGAUAUCUAUGCCAUAGCCCUACGAUUUAGGCUUCUAAGGCAGCAUGGAUAUCAUGUAUCUCAAGAUGUCUUCAAAGGUUUCGUGGACGAGACCGGCAGUUUUAGGGAAUCAUUAGAGGAGAAUGUGGAGGGCCUGCUGAGUCUCUAUGAAGCUUCAUUCCAUGGACUGAAAGGCGAAACCAUCAUUGAUAAAGCCAUGGAGUUCUCUUCUACCUGUUUGAAGGCAUUGGACAAAGAUAAAUUGCCAAAGAGAUUGGCCAUGAAAGUAGAUCACGCCCUAGACAUGCCCAUUCACUGGAGGACCAACAGAUUGGAGGCAAGAUGGUUCAUGCCGGUGUACGAGGAAGAAACCAGCAUAAACCGUACGUUGCUUAAAUUAGCAAAAUUGGACUACAACAUAGUGCAAUCAAUCUACAUGAAGGAAGUUAGCAAAUUGGCAAGGUGGUGGGAGGAAUUGGGCAUUACCAAGUUGAGCAUCUUCAGGGAUAGACUCUUGGAACAUUACCUAUGGAGUAUUCUUAUGGUUUUCGAACCAAAGUGCGAAACUGCCCGAGCGAUAACUACCAAAUUGGGUUCCAUGAUAACGAUGAUUGAUGAUGUUUACGACGUAUAUGGCUUGCUGGAAGAACUCGAACUCUUGACAGAUUUCGUAAACAGAUGGGAUAUUACUGGCAUUGACAAGCUUCCAUAUACGAUAAAAACCUGUUUCUUGGCUUUGUACAACACCACGAACGAGAUUGGCCUUUCAGUGUUGAUAGAACGUGGCAUCAACAUCAUCCCAUAUCUUCGAAAAAUGUGGGCCGAUCAAUGCAAAGCAUAUUUGGUUGAGGCGAAGUGGUAUCACCGGGGCUUGAAGCCUCCGACACUGAAGGAGUAUCUCAACUCGGCCGUAACAACCGUCGGAGGGUUUCUUCUGCUGCAAUGUGUUUUUUUGGCUACAACAGACACAUUAACAGCUGAGACACUCGAUUCCAUUUCCGAAAUACCCAGGAUAAUGCUCUCUUCGUCCUUGAUUGUUCGACUCAGCAAUGAUUUGGGCACAUCGUCGCAUGAGCUAGCGAGGGGGGAUGUUUUGAAGUCGGUGGAGUGCUACAUGAACGAGACAGGAUGUUCAGAAGAAGCCGCUCGGGACCACAUCAAGGAUCUUAUACGUGAAACCUGGAAGAACUUGAAUGAGGAUAUGGCCGAUCACUACCCGCUCUCGGAAACUUUCGUGGGCGCGUGUCUAGAUCUUGCACGGGCUUCUCAAUGCUUUUACCAAUACGGGGAUGGGCACGGUAUUCCUGACAGGGAGACCAAAGAGCAUCUCAACUCCGUUCUGAUCCAGCCAGUUCCGAUGUAUUAGUUACAUAAUGGUCCAUAAGCAUGGAAUAUUAUUUUGGGUAGUGGUUUCAAUUUAAAGUACGAUCAGAUCAUGAUUUGCUACUGCUAGCUGUACGAUAUAUAACAAAAAUUAGAUUAAGAAUGUAAUCAUAAUUUGACUUCUGAAUUUAUAAUAUUUUCAGAGUAUUUCCAAAUUAUUUUCCCUCA